AUGGUUCAAACAAUCGAAGUACUCAACGAAGUUUCAAAGGCGGCAGGUGAAAGUUGGUGGGCAGGUGUAUUUGUGGUUGAAGUUAAGGAGGAUGUACUUGCAGAUGAGUUUACAUUUGAAGCACUAAUGAGAGCUCUCCCAUUAGACUCGCAGGCCAGGAUCCUCAAUAAAAAAUCAUUCCACGAUAGAUGUUCGAGCCUAUGUAGCCAGUUGCUGCAGCUGUUUGGCUGUUCUCUAGCGACAGGCCUAAAUUUUCGAGAGGUUGAAUUUGAAACUGGCAGCUUUGGUAAACCAUUCCUAGCUAAUGAUCAUUCUCUUCCAUUUAGCAUGUCAACGGGCGAGCAAUGCGUAGCUAUGUCCCUGGUGAAGUGUGCAAAAACUGCUAAAUAUCAAGAUAUCGGAAUUGAUAUCGCGUCUGUGUGCAACUAUAGUGGAAGGGAAGAAUUGGAGCUAUUCAAAGAAGUUUUUAGUGAAGGUGAGUUCAAGGCUCUACUGAGCUCGUCCGAUCCGUGUACAGUAUUCACUUAUUUAUGGUCUUUGAAGGAGUCAUAUACAAAAUUUACAGGAACAGGUCUCAACACAGACUUGUCACUAAUAGAUUUUGGCAAUACCACCUUCUUUCCGGUUAAGGGGGCCUCCACGUAUAAAACUUUUGAUGGCGUCUCACUGGUUUUCCAUUCUCAAUGGUUUAAUAACGAAAUCAUCACUACUUGCAUGCCAAGGUCAAUGAGCGAUAAUAUUCGCACAGGCAGACCGAAACUAUAUACUAUCUCUUUAUCUACAUUACUCGAUUAUUUCAUCGAAAAUGACGAUAUAUAA